UGAAGCUUUGAUUUGUUUUUCCGUACUAAAUAAUUUUUUGUUUUUUACUUCUGUGAUUGAAAAAAAUGGAUAAUUUAUUGUUAAAUAUAAAAUCCUAUUUGGCUAAAUCUAAAUCGCCAAUCAAAUCUAAACAUAAUCAUCAUAAUAAUCAUCAAAAUUUAAAUCAUAAUCAUCAUCAGAAUCAAAAUUCUCAUUCACCAGAAUCAAAUGAUGAUAAUCAUCGCAUUACACAUGAAGAAAUUGAUGAAUCCGUUAAGUAUUUACAAACAAAAGUAUCGAUUAAACCUACUAUUGGUAUUAUUUGUGGAUCUGGACUGGGUGGUCUGGCCAAUCUGAUUACCGAACCAAUUUCAAUUGAAUAUAAAGACAUACCUCAUUUUCCUGUUAGUACAGUUCAUGGUCAUGCUGGAACAUUAGUAUUUGGUUAUCUUGGCAAAGCGCCUAUCGUUUGUAUGAAAGGAAGAAUUCAUGCAUAUGAAGGUUAUUCAUUAGCCAGAUGUACAUUUCCAAUUCGUGUUAUGAAAGGAUUAGGUGUUGAAACAUUAAUCGCUACGAAUGCUGCCGGUGGUUUGAAUGAAAAUUUCAAUGUAACCGAUAUUAUGAUGAUUAAAGAUCAUAUUUUUUUCCCUGGAUUUUCCGGUAAUAAUCCAUUACGUGGUCCAAAUGAUGAUCGUUUUGGUAUCCGAUUUCCAGCUAUGAAUACUUGUUAUGAUCCGAAAUUAAUGAAAUUAGCUGAAAAUGCUAUUGAAAAAUUGAAAAUUGAAAAACAUUUUCGUAAAGGUGUUUAUGUUAUGGUUGGUGGACCAAAUUUUGAAACAGUUGCUGAAGCAAAAUUUUUACGUAUGAUUGGUUGUGAUGCUGUUGGUAUGAGUACUGUACACGAAACAAUGGUUGCACAUCAUUCUGGUAUGCGUGUUAUAGCAUUUUCAUUGAUUACAAAUAAAAUUGUUACCGAUUAUGAUUCCGAUGAUAAAGCUAAUCAUGAAGAAGUAUUAGCCGCUGCUAAAGAACGAUCAAAUGAUUUUGAAAAUUUAAUUCAAGAAAUUGUUAACAAUAUUCAAAAUGAUCAAAUUGUUGCUGAUAAUUAAUUUAUAUAAUAUCGUGAUGUUUAUCAU